AUGAUUUCUUUGACGGUAGAUUGUCUUUUAGAAGUGUUGGAAAAUUUAAAAAAUGAAAAGUCAUCAUUGCAUUCGUGUUUAUUGGUUAACAGAUUAUGGUGCCACCAAACAAUUCCUAUAUUAUGGCAUCACCCAUUUGAUUAUAAAAUAGCCGAAAGGAGGUGCAUAAUGAUUAUACAAACGUACAUAGCAUGCCUUGAAAAGCAAGAAAUUCAAGAACUUUUUGCUAAACUUAAUCCUUGUGAAUUGAAUAAACCAUUAUUUGAUUACCCAAGGCAUUUACAACAUUUUCAAAUUUUCAAUUUCAGAAAAGCCAUCAACCGAUGGAUUUUAUUUAAUUUUCACGAAAUCAAAGAUGAUAGAAAAGCAUUUAACGAUAAAUUUGAUGUUCUCUUUCGACUCUUGAUUAAUUUAUUUUUAAAUCGUACAAAAGGUUUAAGGGUAUUAAACGUUUAUCUUGACGAUGAUAAUGAUUGGUUGAAAAUGCCUUACUUUGUACAAAACAAGCUUUCAUUGUCAAAUUUACACACGUUUAAUUUUACUUAUGAGAUUAGGAAAGAUGUAAAAGUUUUUCUUGCAAGAGGGUCAUCAGAAUUAUUUGAUUUGUUACAGCAAUACGCUAGGAAUAUACGUAAUUUAAAAAUUUCUAUUAAUUUUCAUACUAGGCAAAAUCAUUUACAAUCACAAUUAGCCCUUUUAAUUUCACAAUUUAUUGAAUCACAACAAGGCAUUGAAAUCUUGGAGUUAAAUGAUUUUUGGGAUAUCAAAAAACCUUCGCCGAUCUUUAAGGCGAUUAAAUCACAAUCCCUUUCUUUGAAAUAUCUACAUAUAAGAGGAUUAAAGAAUUUCGAACCUUUACUAUCCAUUUUGAUUGAUUGCAAUAACUUGGAAACUUUAGAUUUAAGCCAUUUUGGUCAAACCAUGAACCUUGAGAAUUUUGAUAAGGUUAUAAUGAACUUAAAUAUCAAACAUUUAUAUAGUUGGAAUAUUCCUUCCUUUCUUGAUGCCGAUGAUAUGGGUUUAUUACUCAAGAUGAUAAAUAAAUCAUUACGGACACUUGUUCUCGAUAGAGUUGAUGAUGGUUUGUUAGAAAUCAUUGAAAGGUUUUGUCCAAACAUUCAGAGCUUAUCUUUGGCGAUGUUUAACGCUUCUUUCCCUAAACUUUUACCUUCCUUACUUUACAAUUUACCCCUUAAUCACCUAUAUCUUGACAUCUUUGGUUAUAACUUUUCUGAAGUUUUAACGGAGUUAACCGAUUCAAUUCCUUCAUCUGUUACAUCCCUUUAUAUCAAUUUCACUCUUACCUCACAACAAUUAAACUAUUUCUUAAAUGAAAUGAAUGCAAGGCCAAAUACUUUGGGAAUAAUUGAUAAAUAUAUGAUUGAGAAGGAAUAUUUGAAAGUUGUUGUAGAAUACGCAAAGUGUCAUGACAAUUUAAAAGUAUUACAUUGGUUUGGGAACCUUGAUGAGGAGGAUAUAAAGCUCAUAGCUGAUACAACAGAAACAAUGACCAUGAUAUGUUCUUCAGAGUAUGAUUUCCUUGAGGAGGAUGAAAACACUUGUAAUUGCACCUAUUUAAAUCAUCAACGUCAGGCGAUAAACUUAAUUGAUACGUACAUUUUAAACAUCUUUCGGGAGAACGAACAGAGUUUGAUCGCAGGUUCUUUUAUUCAACGAGGGCAACUACCAAAAUUAAAGUUUGAUUACGCUGGUUAUUUACGAAACAUCGACAUUCAUGAGAUGGAUUUAGCCAUAAUUGAAUUUUAUUUUUUAAAUAGCUCAACGUUAAAGCUUCACGAAAACUACAAAGAUCGACAGGUAUCGCAAGCUGUAACGGAUGGUACGUCACCCCCACCGAUAAAUUAUGGGGAGGCAAUAAAAUAUCUGGCUAAAUCUUAUGGACCAACCUUAUUUAAGAAAUUACAAAAUACAAAUUCCGAAUAUCAAAUAAUAUCGGAGGUACUAUUAAAAUUCUUCAUGAGGAAGUGUAAAAAUUUACAACGAAUUUCACUAGAUAUAACUCAAAUAUAUAAGAAAACUUUAUUCAACCGGUGUAACGAAAUUCAACGGUAUCCUACCGCCUUAUUGUACAAGGGAGGCGGAAGAAACAUUCUGGAAUAUAAGGCGAUCGAGAUCUACUUUUUCAUCCCCAAACAACCCGACGCGCGAGAUUGUUUAUCACAUAUCCGAGAAUUAAUUUGUACGACGAAAAGGAAUAAAGCGGAUUUCUUUCUAACCUUAUCAAAAUAUGUUCAUAAACUUGUUAAGUUGGAAAUAGAUAUUGAUUAUCCGAACGUUAAAUAUUAUGGUAUAUCAAGGGAUCGUAAUAAUUUAAAGAACGAAGUAGCAAAUUUAGUCGAAUUAAUUCAUAAUCAACAACAUUUAUCUCAUCUCAUUUUACAUCAUUGUCCUGUGGACUUUCAUUUAUUAAUGAAAGAAUUACGAGAAUCUCAGGCGAAACGUUUAAAGGUAUUAAAGUUGAUGGGAAUUAAAUUUGACGAUAUGAAGGCUCUCUCUCACGUGACGAGUAUUUUAUCACUUCAAAAACUUCAAUUAUAUAAUUGUACAUUUCAAAACAAUGAACAUUAUGAUGAUGUCGAUUAUUUUAGCGAAAAAUUGUAUUUACCAGAACUCAACACGAUUGAUCUGAAUAAUUCUUAUAUCCCUCAUCAAUUCUUGCAAUGUUUAUUACAAAUUUGUUCUUCCAACUUGGAAUAUCUGGACAUCGGGAAAACGUCAUUCACGGGUAACCCAAUGUUUAAUCCGAUCGAAUUCGCAUCUACCAAUUUCUCCAAUCUCAAAUAUUUCAAGUGCGGUCUUCAACCCUUUGAAAAUAAUUACCUGAUAACUUUAUUAUCAUAUUCUAGUGAUGUUAUUCAAUCAAUUAUUUUGGACAAUUCUGAUGUUUCAUUUGAAGCAAAUAACAUCGCGUUGUGUUUUUAUAAAUUAUCGGAAAUGGAAUUUGUCAAAUUAAAAUAUUUUGGCAUUAGAGGAAAUUUCAUAUUUUCCGAAUAUACUUUGGCCAAUUUUUUGAUGAACAAGCUUAGAAAAUGUAGGGGAUUGAAAUUACACACGUUGGAGUUUACCAAUAACAAUUGGUUCACCGAUGAUUAUUUGAAACAAAUUCUCAAAUGCUUGGGGGAUGGAUUUACAUGCAACAGAUUGAUCAUCUCUACAAAGAAUUUAAUUAGUCCUAAAUUAUUAUCAAAAACAAGAGAGAAGAUUAGAGCGGUUCUAUAUGUGAAGCUUUAA